ACGCACACACAAAAGAAUAGAUUGUGUAGAAGUUGUAGGCCCAGCCCCAGCCCUAGUCGAAUGAACCAUAGACGUAUAUUGGCUGAGACAAUCGGAUUUACUCCAUCUUUGAAGUAUUUUUUUCUUUUAUCGUCUUAAGUUUUAAGACUAGCCCAGCCCCAGGCCCUAGUAGGCUAGGCGUUAGGCCUACAUGUUGUAGUUCGUGUAUCCCACACACUGACACAGCCUAUACACUAUAGUAUAGGCUAUAGCCUAGGGCAGUGUAUUCAAACUAUCCUGCUGUACAGUACACGUUGUAUGUAGGCCGUUCAUGUUGUGACUGUAUUCGUGGUGAUCCAUGAUGAUGGAUUCCAUGUAUGAUAUAUGCAUGGGCGCCUUUGGUAUUCUCAAUAGAGGUUCUUCACGUGACGUCACUGUGACGGUUUGACGGCCACCUGCCAAUGCAUUUCCUUUAAUACGCCGUGACCACGACUGUGACGGCCAAUAUGGCAGUGCAAAACAAUUGGCAACUUCAUCAUGUGACGUAGGUGAAGAACCUCUAUAGACCCUUUGCCAGAUACGCUGGUACCACCUAGGGUCAGACCAUGGUUCCUUUAAGACUCCAAAUAACACAGAGCAUAGCUCUCUUAAACGAAGGUUUUUAGAAUGCACUCGACCUUGAUUUUGGUCAACAAUGGGCCCUUCACUUUCUUGAUAAUUUUCUUUAGUUCUCGAUGCAGGUGUACUCGAUAUUAGCUGUUCGACAACUAAGGCUCAAUUCCGGUCAACGCUUUGUUGAACAUUCACUUUCUAUUUGUUAUGAUAACUAGAAACAUUUUGUUUGUGUUUUUGUUUUGUUUAGUUCAACAAGGCGCUGGAAAGUACGAUUUCUGGAGAUUACUCUUACAUAGUCUCCAAAACGUUAAUUGAAAAAAUGUGGAAGUUUGGAUUUUCUCUGAAAUGCUCCUCGCACAGAGGAAUACAGCACUGGAAGACUAUCCAAAUGUGGUCUUGACCAAUCGAGGGGUUCUCAAAUGACAUUUUUUGGGUCCAUGCAUUUCACCGAGGGAGGGAAGGAUGUGUAAAAGACUGGAGUUGAGUCGGGGCAGAUAUCCUGUGUAGUAGAAGGUCUCUUGCUAUAAAAGGUCACGUGCCCCCUGCCCUGGGUGAAUGCCAGAUCUUUGAAUGGCAAGAUGUUAAAUUUUGAAAAUCUGGUCGCUCUAUUUUGAAGUAUCAUGUGAUUGAGGUCAAUGAGAACAGAUGCACUAAAGUGAGAGAGUAAAUACUUCUGUGCGUGUUAUUUAUUUCCCACGCAGUAAACUGGUCAUUUUUUUUACCUAAGUCCAGUCGUGCUGAACCCCAUCCCCUCUCAAAGACUAAAAAAGAGGAAGCUGCUGCUUCACUGUUUUAACAGGCCUAAGAGACAGUUUUAAAAUUCAGACAAACACAAUGACAGUGUUAAGUCAUUCUCCUGUGACAUCCAUAAAAAAACUACCAAACUGACACUGUCUGCAUUUUCUUUCACCGAGGGGCUGUAAUUAUGAUCAUUAUGAAAACAAAUCACCAUUUUCUGAAUGAAAUAUUAUAGUGGAUGGGCCUUGCCCCAGGUUGGGGCUGUGAUGAUGAAACCUCAAUAUUUGAAAAAAGACAAAGUUUGGAUGGUAAAAGUGGUGACCUCCUCACCUCCGAAGGAAAAAUAUUCGUCUUUUUGGCUUCAAUCUGUUUUUAGAUUCUCCCUUUAUCUCUUUAGAUCGUUCAGGAAAAAUAUGCUAUUUUGUAUUGAACAGUAUUUUAGGAGUGACCAUAAGAUUCUAAGAUAAAGUUUGACCUCAUAAACUUACUUUUAAUUCUCUCACGGGACUGUAAACAAACAUUGAUAGCUUGCUCAUUAUGGAUAUUAGUCCAAUCUUUAUUGGAUUUAUUCUGUUUGAAAGCGACUCUUUUUCAAAUUGACCAUAGUUUUCUGACACCUGGAUUUUUUGAGCUGGGUAUCUGAGCAUGAUCGGUCCAUGAUGCUGCACGAACCAGAUUCAUCCUGUCCACAAAACUGUUCACAUCAUGGAGUUUGCCAGGGGAACUCCUGCGCAUGCCAUAUGCACUAUACUGGAGAUGCUUGUGAUGCAGGCAACCUGAGUUAUCUGUGCGUUUUUGGCAGCAUUUUCUACGUGGUGGCGCUAGUGUCAAUUUGUCAAUUGUUUUUCUGUAUGAGAUCUGAGUACGUGAAGAAGCGGUCUUUGAAGGAUACGUUUCGAAUCACCACCCAAAAGACUCUAUAUGCACUGACUGCCCUGGCAGCCAUCAGUAGAGGAACCUAUUUCUAUGUUGUGGACUUUAUCCCAGAACCAUGGGCCGAGAAUCUGUUGUCAGCCUAUUACCCAUUAUUCCUCAGCUGUGUGUCUCUUGUCGUCUGCUUCUGGGCAGAGAACUUCCACUUAUCCGACAUUCCCUGCGAUAGGCCAAGGUUCCUCACUAAGUCCACUGUCAGUUUCCUUUUCGUCAACUUCAUCUUCUACGCCAUUUUAACUGCCCAGUUCACCGUCACCAAGAUUUACAGUACGCAGCUAAUUUACAUGCAAUAUCUCCUCGACAUCUUCAAGGGCUGUUUUGCAGCCUUCAUGCUGAUUGUCCUCAUCUUCUUCCUCAUCUAUGGCAUACAAGUUUACUUCAAGAUUCAUGGUAGCUUCCGAGAGUCAGACACCUGCAUGAUUGACUCCCGCCAGCUGUGGUUAUCAAGAUGCGGCCUCCUCGCUGAAGCGUUGCUGCAGCUCUCCAUUGUGGUCAGACUCUCCCUGGAGGUGGGACAGUUCCUAUCCAUAGAAUAUUUGUCGAUAAUUGAGCAGAACUCGCUGGAUGUUUUGUUCCGUGUCGUUGAAUUGGGAGCAGCGUUAUGGUUCCCUUGUGUCCUCUGGAACGUCAAAAGGCCUGAUCAGCUGUGGAUACUAAAUCCUAAAACGUUAUUAUCUCUGAGUGGAUUAGACGCCCCCAACGAACGGACACAGUUAAUAACAGGCGGGGACCAGACUGCGCAGCGAUACAACUCAUGUGAUAGAGCAUCACCUAGCUGCCAGGAAUCUAAGUUAGAGGGCGUCAAACCAAUAAUUCAUUACAGCUGUCAAACAUUUUCGAAUAAGAAUUUGGAAUGUUGGAUUUGUUAUGAGGGAGAUGAACCGCGCUUUGGUACAUUUGUUAAACCGUGCAAAUGUCGCGGAGACACAAGUGCCGUCCAUCACAAGUGUCUUCAGAAAUGGCUGAUGGAAUCCCAGAAUGCACCUGAUAAACUUUCUUGUGGCAUCUGUAAGGCAAAGUAUAAUCUCAAACAGGGUGCCGUGUGGCUCCCAGACGGUAUCAAGACAACCCAGUGGCUCUUCGUGACCGUCGCCAUUGUCGUCAUCAUCGGCUUCCCGUUCUUCACGGCAUGGGUGUUUAGUGUAUGCCACGUGUCCUACGUGCGGGUCAUAAUGGUCGGCGUCACUAUAGUCGUGGAGUAUGCCUGUCUAAAAUUUCUUGGUAUCACAUUCAUCGGAGCAUACCGCCGUGCCAAGAUAGCCGCCAUGCAGAUUCUCGGGAGGAAGCCAGAAAACUCAGACCAGCAUCGGGCAGAGACAGUUUCAGAACAACAGCCAGGAGUUGCCACACAAAUUCAAGUCGAUGUGCACAGGACUUAAUGGAGCUUGCUUUGGGAAAGAUGCUUACCUCACAUGUACCUAGGUGUUUUUGAAAUAUUAGUGAGCAACUCCAGAUAAGAUCUUGCUCAAUUUCAUCAUGAUCUCUGUAUUUAAAUGUGUGAGUGCAGCUGCUCUCCAGUUGUUGUAAAAUGUAAGUAAGGGGAGCGGAAAAUGUGUACUAGUCUGUUUGAAAUAGAAAUAAUUUUGUGAUAGACAGCCCAGUAAAUGAAUGGAUUUGAAUUUCGUUCAAGGCGUACACCGUUCUUAAUAACUGGUGUCCAAGAAAAUAGAAACGCCCUAUACCGUAAUGUUGUAAUGCAGUAUCAUGCAUACGAUUAAGCUGAAACUUGGUAUUUGUAGAAUUUGUAUAUCUUUCUGCUGAAAUUUAUAUUUGGUAUGUAUGCACAUAAUUUGAAAUUUUCCAAAUUUCAAACUACCGACUUCUGAGUGAAACCUAUGUAGAUUAAACUUACGCACUUGACAAUGCAAAGUCAGAUUACUUAUGGUACAAGUAUACAAUUACUGAAGUGAUCUCUUUUUGUGAUAAUUUUCAUAUUUAUGCAUUGGAUUAUGAUAAUAUUUGAUUAAGGAAUCUAACGUAUUCUAGUCCUGCCGCAUCCAUAUUCUUGGUUUAAAUUGCAGGCACACAUUUCUAUGGAUUUGUGGAUAGUUUCUCAGGACAAUCAUGACAAUAGAUAUAUAUGAAUUUAGUGAUAUAAGUUUUGUGGUCGUUGUGAGACAUGAAAUGAGGCGAGUUAUUGUAAACAUGUACUCUGUUUGAUAAAUAAAAUGGUUUUUCUAUAUCUGUGUUCCUAUGUCCUUCAUCAACAUCCAUUUUGAGUACCGGACUUGUAUUUGA